CCACAACAAGUUCACAAUUUAUAAGAAAAAAAUAAUAGUGUAAUAACAACUAACUGCAAAAUGAAGAUGAUGAUUUCUUUUGCCUUGAUGGUUCUUGUUGCAAUUGUAGCUGCGACAGAAAGAAUGUACAUGAUGGACAGUGAUGGCACAGAAUACAUUGUAAUUGACAAAGAACCGAAGCAUUGCGAACCUGGGAUGAAAUACCUGGUAGACUGUAAUAAGUGCUCGUGUUCAUCUAAUGGAAAAGAUUUAGCUUGUACAAGAAGGAAGUGUCCUCCUCAUCCAGUACAACAAAACUUUCCGUGGGGACCUUUCUGGAAACAUGGUGAUCCUUGUCCAGCCAACAAAGAAUUCUACAGCGAAUGUAACAGAUGUCAGUGUGGUCCCGAUGGAAAAAGUGCAGUUUGUACGCUGAAAGCUUGCAUCCGUCCGGUUGUAUAAAUAAUUCAUCAAAAUUGGACUCGAGCAUUGCAGAAUCAAAAGAUUUCCUAUAAUUUAUAAAUAAAUUAAUUAAAUAGAUAGUUCGUGCACAUUCUACUUUUUACUGGUAUUUUAUUGUCAAUAUAAAAUCAAUAGAAAAUAU